AUGUGCAGGGUCCGCGGUGUCACGGGUCUUGGUUCAUCUGCUGCCCCCAUGCCGGUACAAGGCCCAAUCGGGGACACAAAUCGCCUCCAUGGUUUUGCCCGUCGGGAUUGGGUGUGGGCUAUUCUGGGUCCCCUCCACCCCGGACACAGCGCCCGGUCCGAUGCAGAAAGUGGUAAGCGACAAAUUUCCGAUGCCAUCCCAUCGUCAUUCGUUCGUUCAGUGAUUAUUAUGGGGAAAUUAUGCCUGGGGUAG